CCUUCGGCGCACAUUCCGAUGCCCAGCAUCUACGCCCGUGGGGUUAUGAAAGAGAUGCGUUUUGUCAGCCCGGUAUACUCCGUCACCCGCUCUGUUCUAGGGCUACAUAUCUGGUGAAAGAAAGAAAUCCUAACGUCAACUACUUAAAACUUCCUACAUAAUAAGAUCGCUGCCUCGGGAGCUUUGGUCCAAUAGAAUCCUACAUUUUAAACUACCUAAGGUAGAGUUUCAUUCUUCGCCGCAGAAUCGCAGCGCAACGCCAUGUCGUACUCGAGGAAUAUUUCCUAAAGAGUAGCUGAAUACUCACCAACACCAGCACGACCUGCAUGUCUAUUUUAAGCCCCAGUGGUGUUAUCACACCUCUACAUCUGCGCUCCUAGUCUGUUUCGUUUAUACAGACCCUUGUGGGAGGUUGUCGUAGAUGAGUUUCCCCUCAUCGCGUCUGUAGGAAAAUAUCUUCUUCUUCCUUCCUAUACAUAACCAUAUUACCUGUCUCCAGAAUUUUCGAGGUUAAUAUCUUAACUAACCGGCUAUGUGAACAUUUCGGCGCGAUGAGUCUUCUUCAGACUUUGCCAGGAUUAAAUUCGUCAAGUAUCCCCCUCGCCGGCAACCCAAAUGGGGGCCCUCCUAACUUUGAAGGGGGGGCUACACUUCAGUGGGUAGUCCUAGCGACAGGAUUCGCGUUUAUACCGAUUAGCACGAUUCUAAUCAUUAUACGUCUGGGAAUGUCACUUAAACAUAGCAGAAAGCUGCACCUUGAUGACUGCUUAUGUGUUCUGGGAGAAGCCUUUGGGAUCGCCUACUGGGUUGUGCUAUAUAAGUUUCAAGCGAAGGCUGGGCUGUUUAAACACACAUGGGACGUACCCGUCAGCACCAUUACCUUUCGACUCUUCGAACUUCAUUUUGUCGGCGAGAUCCUGAAUAUGAUCGCCCACGCCUUCGUGAAACUUUCCAUUCCGGCAUUUUUCAUCCGGGUAUUUGGUUCUCUAAAAUGGCUUCGACGCACGUCCUAUGUUCUCAUAGGAGCUGUCGUUAUUUUCUCCAUUGCCCCUCUCAUAUCUAUGCUGGUUGCUUGCAAGCUCAUUCCUAACGAGCACUGGAAUGCUACCUUCGUCGCUAUGUGUGCCACAUCUGCCGGACCUCAGACCAUCACUUUAGGUGUAUUUGCUGUAAUAUUCGACAUUACUGUGGUUAUAAUACCAAUCCGCAUCACUUCUAGGCUUACUAUCGACCGAGACAAAAAGAGGAAUUUGAUAAUCGUGUUCCUUAUUGGUUUUCUCGUGGUUGCUACUAGCGUUACCGGGCUGGCGUAUAGAAUCAUUGUACGAUACGGCAAUGAUCCCUUAUGGAACUACGGAAAUAUCGCGAUCACAUCAUAUACGGAGAUAUUCGGCACUGCUAUCGUCGGCUGCGUACCGGGCCUACGUUCAUUCUGGCUUGCCAUGUCCGAUAAGAGUAGGCGGCGUUCUGAAUUUCAGUCUGGGCGACAAAAGUCUGAUAUAAUUGGAACGAUUAUUUUACUAGAAGAGUCUAGACGUCCUCGGGAAGCUCCCCUGAUAUAUUAUUCCGGCAAUAAAUACUACGAUAAGCAUUCGAAACAUUUGCAUCCCCCGGCCUCUACUCGGGGGGAUACAGAUCAACUCACCCCUUUAACCCCUAUUCACCAAUCGACCGUAACACUUCAGCAAACCUCGGAUGACAUACCCCCUUUCGAUGCAAAACAUAAUGGAUACUGGGGACGUGCUGCGCGUGAAAGCAGACAGUGAAUGAAUGCACACAAUUUUACAGGAAGCAAUAGUGCUUUGGAAGAAAGUAAACAUUCCACGAUUGAAUCCAUAUCGUUCUCGAUGUAUUUGAAUGGGCAUAUGAGUCAAGACUAUAGGUACUGUUUGUUCUGGUAGUCUAC